AUGUCAAACCAUCACCUUUACAUUUCCACUCUUCAACCCUCAGCCUCGCUUGGACUAAAAAAAUAUAUCCUUAUCGAUAAGCCUCGUUUCCCAAAUCAAUUUCUAUCAUAAUACACAUCAAUCAAUCGCAUUUCCCUAAUCUUCAAAACCUCACACUCUUUCAAUAACGAAUCAAUCAAUGCAUCAAUCUCCAUUCCGCUGUCCCCAACCAAUACAUAGCCAUCAUCUCUUUAUUCCUUCAUCCUCCUCUUUAUAUUUACUUCCUCCAUCUCACCAUCUCCUUCCAAUUUCCUCCUUUCCUAACCCUCCUACCCCUCACCCUCACCCUCCGCACCCACACCACCGAAUCCCUUCUCAUCCUCCGUCACCUCGGUCUCCAAAUCUCCUCAUCUCCCAAAUCCUACCUCUCUACCACCAAAACGCGCUUUAUCCCUAGUCAGAAAAUUCAGGAUAUAUAUAUUAAUGAGGUGUUUCGCAAUUUCGAGGUGCGCUAUGUGUUGGUUGUUGUUGUGGAGGCGGAACGGGAGUUGGUGGUUGUGUUUGAGAGGUUGUUGCCUGGGAGGGAGGUGUUAGAGAGGGUUUGGAGGGGGGAGGAGGGGUUUGUUUGGGAGGGAUGAGAGGGUGGAGGUGGAGGGGGAGUGGGGAAUAGUGGGGUGUGGGAGGGAGGGGAGAAGGAGGAGAGGAGAGGAGGUUGUAAUGAGGACGGGGUUUGUUUGGGUUUGUGUUUGGGGAUAUGGUUUGGGAUUAUGAUGACGCGGGGAGGUGUUCGUGACAGAGGUACUGGUGCAUGGAAUGAAUAUAUACGCAUCUACACUACCACCGAAAGUCCCCGCCUAGUCUUACAUCGGAGUUUGAAUAUGUAUAGCGAGGAAGGAGAAUCUCUAUCGGCAUGACAUCACGAAAGAAGCACCGGGGAUAGAAGCAUGAACAAUGCAGAGCUUGGCUAUCGAAUCCUAGUGUGAUAUGAGGGACGAGUAGAAGACAUGCUUAUGUGAUGGGCUCGAUAGGGAUAUUACCAGGGUUAAUACUCAUCCUCUAGUCCAAAGAUGGGCAUGUAGACAGGGAAGUGGAGUAGAAUAGUGUCAGGUGUGAGAGAAGGUGCAUGAUAUGUCUC